AUGACCUAUACCUUCGUCCUAGGCUUCGCGGCCUCGGCCGUGGUCCUCCUGAUCAUCCGCAUGGUCUUGGCCUCAUGGCAGCACUCACGCAAGGCCCGCGAGCUCGGCUGUGCCAGCUUGCCCUUGUUCCCUUGCAAGGAUCCCAUCGGUAUCGAUACGCUCAAGCAGUCGCUAGCUGCCGACAAGCAGAACCUCUUACCAGAGCUUUCGUCACGCCGCGUCGAGAUCGUGAGUGAGCAAGAGGGCCGCUACGUUACCACCUACGUGUUGCGCAACCUUGGUCGCAACCUAGUGUUUACCAUUGAUCCCAAAAACAUCCAGGCCGUUCUGGCCACUCAAUUCAAAGACUUUGAGGUCGGUGAGGUGCGCCGUCAUAGCAUGCACCCAUUGCUCGGUACUGGAAUUUUUACCGCCGAUGGAGAGGAAUGGUCCCGAUCGCGUGGAUUGCUGCGCCCCCAGUUUACUCGGGAGCAAAUCAGUCAGCUUGAGCUGGAGGAGGAACAUGUACAGAAAGCGAUGCAGGCCCUGCCCGUUGCCGCGAACGGCUGGACCGCUCCGACCGAUAUCCAGACCAUCUUCUUCCGUUUGACCAUCGACUCCGCCACCGAGUUCCUAUUCGGUGAAAGCGUGGAAAGCCAAUUGGGUGCGCUUAAGGGGCUGCAGCGUCCGGAAGACUCCUUCGCGUACUACUUUGACAAGGCCCAGUGGGUCUGUGCCCAACGCAGCCGCUUCGAGAAGCUGGCCUUCGUCGUGAACAACAAGGAAACUCGGUACUCGGAUAAACAAGUGCACGACUUUGUGGACCGCGUCGUGAGAAAUGCCCUCAUGACCGUAGACAACGGCAAGCGCCCCGUCGACGAGGAGAAAAAUCAGCACUACGUAUUCCUGGAGGCCCUGCUCUCCGUUACCCGUGACCCGAUCGAGCUGCGCUCUCAGCUCCUCAACAUCCUCCUCGCCGGUCGUGACACUACCGCCUCUCUGCUCAGCUGGACCGUCAUGAUGCUCGCACGCCACCCGGAUACCUUCAAGAAGCUGCGCGAGACCAUCAUCGAGAACUUCGGCACCUAUUCCAACCCGCAGAACAUCACCUUCGCCACUCUCAAGUCUUGCCAGUACCUGCAAUAUUGCAUGAACGAGUCCCUCCGCCUAUUCCCCGUCGUUCCCUUCAACCGCCGCUCCGCCACCCGCGAUACUACCAUCCCUCGUGGCGGUGGCCCAGACGGCCAGUCCCCCGUGUAUAUCAAGAAGGGCCAGGCCGUCGUGUACAGUACCCACGUUAUGCACCGUCGCAAGGAUGUCUGGGGUCCGGAUGCCGAUGAGUUCAAGCCCGACCGCUGGUUGAACCGCAAGGUUGGCUGGGAGUAUAUUCCAUUCAACGGUGGGCCACGUAUCUGUAUUGGACAGCAGUUCGCCCUCACCGAGGCUGGAUACGUACUUGUUCGUCUGCUUCAGCGCUUCGACCAGAUCGAGGAUGUCAAUGCCGACCGGAAGAUUCGCUGGGGUAUUACUUUGACCAGCUGCCCCGCGGAUCUAUUGACUGUCCGCAUGCACCAGGCAGAUGAUGCUUAA